AUGCCGGCACUAGAGGACACCUCAACAGAAGAAGAACUCCCGGGAACGACUUCUGGAACACACAUUCCUGUCGAUGCUCUCAGACCUAGUGAUCUUGCCCCCCAAACUGGCUACUUGACUUCAAACAAGGAGUUGACAGCAGACAGUUUAAGAAGCGCCGACAACAGGGUCCAUGAGUCUUCUUUGCCUGAACUGGAAUGCUCUUCUGAUAUUAAUCCUUCUGGUGAUGUAAACAAAUUAAGUGGAAAUGUGCUUCCUUUAUCGGAUUGACCAUUAGUAUCCGUAAAUCAUAGAUCUCUGCAAACCCUUUCUAUCAUGUCCUGGAAUGUAGCUGGACUUUUAUGUAAAUUAGCUGACCCAGAUUUUAUAAAUUUUCUUGAUUCCCAUGAUAUAAUCCUUUUGCAGGAAACUUGGUCUCUUAAACCUUUAGUUAUUCCUAAUUUUAUUACUUUUAAUUUACCCACUACUAAAAUGUCAAGAAAAGGACGCCCCAAAGCCAGUUUGAUCUGUGGUAUUAAACAGUCUUCGAACCUUAAAAUUAAUUACACUAGAAAUAUUGGACAGUAUGCACAAUUGUUAUCAUUUCCAAUUUUCGCAAGGAAAUUCUUCUUUUAAAUAUAUAUUUCCCUCCCAUAGAGUCAGAAGCUAGACCACAUUAUUGUUGGAAUAUAGUCUUUGAAGAGCUGUACUUAAUACGCAGUAAAUUCCCAAAUAUCCCCCUGAUUGUAAUGGGGGACACUAAUGCGCGAAUUGGAUCAGAUAACACAGCUCUCUAUAAAUGCUAUGUCUCAACUCUAACCGAAGAUGCUCCACUUCCUUUGAGAAUAGGGAGGAUUUCAAAAGACAUUACUAUUAAUAAAGCGGGAGGAAAACUCUUACAAUUGGUUUUAGAAUUUAAUCUUGCAUUUUUGAAUGGCUCAAUACGGCCUGAUAUUCCAGGAGAUUUUACCUUCCGCUCCAAAAGGGGCAGGAGUGUAAUUGACUAUUCCUUAGUCUCCUUAGAAAUGUUAGAUGAAGUUGCCUCUUUUACAGUUGUACCCUGCUUUGAGAAUGACCACUUUCCAAUUGUUUUAGAGAUGUAUAGAAACUCCAGAAUUAAUGACCCUUGUCCUCUUAUUAGUACCGAUAAGACUGGUUAUGCCAAAAGAAUUUAUAUAAAUGAUAAAAAGAGGGAGGGUCUAUUAGCAGUAUUUGAAAAUAACCCAGUUAUUCUCGAACCUUUGGCUAACCAAAAUUUGAUACCUUUGGCAGACAUUGAUUAUUAUUACAAUACUAGUCAGGAAUUAUUUUCUUCUUUUUUAAAUCUCUAGUUCAGCGACAAACCUUUAAAUAAGUAUAACUGUUUUGAUAAAGAAUGUAUUAACCAUAAGAAAGAACUUAGAACUUGUCUAAAAGAAGCCUCUAUUACUAACUCCCAAGAUCUCUGGAAGACCUAUUUUGAAAUGAAAAACGCUUUUAAGAACAUGCUCCUGGAAAAAAAAAAUCUGUUUUCACAAACCAAAUGGUCCAAAAUUGUUACUGCAUUAGAAAUUAAAGAUACCAAAACUCUUUGGUCACUCCUUUCAAUAAAAGCUACCACUGAUUUCCCUAAUAUAAGUGAUGAAGCUUGGAUUACACAUUUUACUGCUGUUUUCUAUGAUUCCCAAGUUUUUACGAAGGAAAAUUUUAACUCUUCUUUGGCAAUAACCACACAAUUUCAAAUUACUGUUGAGGAGAUGAAAAGGAUAAUUCUUUUGUUUAAGCAAGGAAAAUCUCCAGGUAUGGAUGGCAUCUCAAUAGACCUGUUGAGAUUAAAUGUGGAAUGGUGGGCCACUAAUCUUGUCCCACUCUUUAAUUCUAUCUAUCACUCAGGCUUGGUACCUAAAUCGUGGAAUAACUCAAUAGUGGUGCCGAUUUUUUAAAAAGGUGAUAGGAAUUGCCAAGAGAAUUACAGGCCUAUUAGUUUGUUACCAUGCAUAAGCAAAAUCUGUGCCAAAUCCCUGCUUAUUAAACUGGAAGAAUGGAUGCUUACAAAAGGUCUACCUGGUAAGGAACAAGCUGGUUUCAAGGCAGGCUCUUCAACUCUUGACCAGUGUCUAGUGUUAAGUCAUCUUGUGGACAAAUAUGUCUUGAGAAACAAACAAAGACUCUUUGUGGCAUUUGUAAUUUUAAAAGUGCCUUUGAUUUGCUCAAUCGUAAUAAACUGCGGACCAAAUUGGAACACCUCGGUAUUGACCCAUAUCUGCUUACAUUGAUUAAAAGUUUACACUCUAGUAACCAAAUAGAUGUUAAAGUUUCAAAAGAUGGUAGACUUGCAGGUCCAAUUCUGAAUAACCAAGGAGUUAGGCAAGGCUGUAUCUUGGCCCCUACCCUAUUUAAUCUCUUUUUAUCUGACCUCCCAUUAUUUCUUCAAAAUGCAACCACUCAUAUCCCUUAUUUAAACAAUAUCCCAGUUUUUUAAUUACUUUAUGCAGAUGAUGCGGUAAUUAUCUCACUUUCCUCUUUGGGUUUUAAAAAAAUUAUUUAAGAGUUUCUCAAAUUUUUGCUCUCUUAAUAACCUCAAAAUUAACUAUGAUAAGACAAAAAUUAUGCAAUUUACAAAGAGAGGAAACCCCAAAAAUUGGAUAACCAAUGGACAUCUAAUACAAGAAGUUAAGCAUUUUAAUUAUCUGGGAAUAGGUAUUUUAAAAUAACAUGAAUUGGAACACACAUAUCUGUGCUGCUAUAGCUAAGACUAAAGUGACAGCUCACCAUAUUAAAUCUUAUUUUUUCCCACCCGUAGGAAAUAGAUAUAUUCCAGCUGUAUUGCAAGUGAUUGAUAUGAAACUUUGUGCUCAACUUUUAUAUGGCACCCCAGUGUGGAUUUCAGGUGACCUCAAGAGGUUGGAUAAAUUUCAUGCAUCCCUUCUGAGGUCAUUAUUAGGACUUGCAAACUCUGUAAAAUAUUAAUCAAUAUGUUGUGAGUUGGGAAUACUUCCUUUAUCUGUAAGAGUAUGGUUGAGAACCUUGAAAUAUUGGAUCUUCCUGCAUUAUAGAGCCUUAUCUCCUAAUUCUCUCCUUUACGACCUCUUAAGUGAUAAUGUAAUUUACAAUUUAUCAUUAAUUUGUAGGAGAAAAUUGAAUUUGAUAGGGCUUAAUCUAACUGACUUUGAAAAUUCUGACCCCAAAGAUAUUUGGGAAAUUAUCAGGAAGAAUCUUACAGAAAAAAGUGUUCUCUCCACUCUUGAGGUUGCAAAGCACAGCACUUGCUCUCCUCUCUAUUUAAAUCUCCCUUUGUGUAGAGAUUUUCAAAAGGGAUACAUGAAAAAUCUGAAGAAUCAUGAAUUGUGCAGGCUGUUUAUGUUAGCCAGAUUUAAUGGUUCCCUCGAUGAUAGUAAGAGGAAGAUAUUUAGAUCUCCCAGAAUCAGAGCGUCUCUGUAAAUGUAGUAAACAGGAACCUGAUACUUUGGAGCAUAUUUUCUUUUCUUGUGAUUUUAGCAUUUAUGCCAGAAGACAAUUAUUAGAGGCCUUACAACUCAAUAGGCUGAUUUCUAUGCUACCAACGGUUCAGGACCUGCUUUUGGACAGGAAUGAUCAAAUUACUUUAAUAGUGGCUGAAUUUCUGAGUGCUGUCCAUGUAGAAAGACUGGGUCAUUAUAAAGAGAAUCAGUGGUUCUUAACUGAUCGGGGAGUCGGUAGGUCUGUAUUGUAUUAUUUAUGCAAAUUUAUUUUCUCUGGAGUUAAAGAUCUGUCUGGGACAAACCUUGUUAUGUUGAGCUCGUAUUUUGCACAAUUUGUAUACGGUGUCUGUUUGAUAAUGUGUGGUUUGCUAUGCCUAAUAAAAGAUACUGGAUUGUAAGUGUAGAUGGGUUCAAGGAGUUAACUCUUUUUAUGGUUAUGUUGGAAGGGGUGAGAAGGAGUGCUUCAUAGCGAUUUAAGCAUGGAUUUGAAAAGUGGUGGCAGCCUUUCAGGGUUAAGAGAGUAGAGACUACAUGUGGGACAUGGAUGGUGACUUCAUGACAUAGUACUGUCUCUUGCGACUUUUGGAGUAGGAUGGCAGCAGCAGCAAUGGCUCUCAGACAUCCUACUGCACCCUUUGCUGUGUUAUCUAGGUGUUAUGUACUGAGUUGAAUAGGAUCCAAACUGCAGCAGUCUGAUUGGUCCUAGAACAAUAGGAUCCAAAAUGCAGCAGUCUGAUUGGUCCUAGAACAAUGCAGCAGUAUGAUUGGUCUGCAGGAGCCACCCAAUCCAGCUCCAGAUAGAAGUGAAUCCACAACCUGAUUGGCCUACAGGAGAAUUCCGGAAUUAGCCAAUCACGUGCAGCCCAUUGUGUAACUAAUGUAUAUAAAGCAGAUACUUUGAGGGGACUUUCAUUCCCUCCUCACCACUAUGAGCUGAAUAAAGAGCAUGAAAACCACUCUCGACUCUGAGUAUAUUUCACUAACUGUAGGCUAUAGUAGGCUACUGGUCUCUGUUGGUCACAGAAAGUUUGGGUUAAAACUCUGGAGGCCACCCCCCAUUUGUUCAUGAAUAAACAGACCUUAAUUCUCUUUUGAGGCGUUCAAAGCAUCAUCGUUCCAGACUAAUUCAUCGGGAUGGUCGUUGGGUCAUGGCUGAUAGUGGCUUUGUUAUUUCGCUGUAUCUGGCUAUCCAAGCCCUGAAGAAUCCUGCCAUGCCUAGGAAGCCUCACAGUUGGCACUUGGUUUUUGGCAAGGGUUUUUUAGUUCUGGUUUCUAUCUGUGGCCAAGCUCUGGGUGCCGACCCAGAGAAUGUGUCCCAAAUAUUUGAUUUCUUGCUUACAGUAUUGUAUCUUUUUAGGGGAUACUUUAUGUCCUUUGUAAGCUAGUGCUGUGAUGAGGUGUUUAGUGUCUGUUUUGCAUGCUUCCUUGCUGGUAAAGGUAAAGGUAAAGGCACCCCUGCCCGUACGGGCCAGUCUUGACAGACUCUAGGGUUGUGCGCUCAUCUCACGCUAUAGGUCGGGAGCCAGCGCUGUCCGCAGACACUUCCGGGUCACGUGGCCAGCGUGACAAGCUGCAUCUGGUGAGCCAGCGCAGCACACGGAACGCCGUUUACCUUCCCGCUGGUAAGCGGUCCCUAUUUAUCUACUUGCACCCGGGCGUGCUUUCGAACUGCUAGGUUGGCAGGCGCUGGGACCGAACGACGGGAGCGCACCCCGCCGCAGGGAUUCGAACCGCCGACCAUGCAAUCGGCAAGUCCUAGGCGCUGAGGUUUUACCCACAGCGCCACCCACGUCCUUGCUGGUAGAACAUAUUAAAAGGUCACCAACGUACUGUAACAUCACAGACCCUGCAGGCAGAAGUAGGUCCUGUAGAUCCUGAUGCAGAAUUGAGGAGAAUAUAGCGAGUGACUCUGCGUACCCCUGGGGCAGCCUUGUCCAUGUGAGUUGGCUUGCCAUUGAAAUAAAAUAAUUAAGGUCAUAUAUAUAUAUAUACAUAUAUAUAUAUAUACACAUAUACAUAUAUACGUAUAUAUAUAUACAUAUAAAUAUAAGACAAAUGUUCGUAACUGCAUAUAUAAACCACAUGUCUGAAACCCCACAGAAAAAGUCCUGAAACCAUUUUGUCCCUCCCAAAUUGACCUCACAUAUUUCUCUGCAAGGUCAAAGGAAAAUGGAAAAGCCUCCCCAUUGUCUUUUCGUUCACAAAUCCUGUCUUAAGGGUAUGUCUGUGUAUGAAUAGGGUGAGCCUGUGACCUGGCUCAGGAACUAAGUAUUUGUCAUUACAAAAGACUGCCCAGGCUCCCCAGGGUAUCCAAUCAAGUGACCAUUAACAGGUAAUCUGCUAGACAGGAGAUAAACAAUGCACUGAGAUUUCUGUUGUAGGUAUGAUGUAUCUGGGGGUGGGUGGUCUUGAGCUACACCCCUUCUGUGAUGUAUGUAUGAUGUUUCUGGGGGUGGUCUUGGACUCCAGGGCGGGCAAUUUAAAAUGUCUAUAUAAGGGUGGGCACACCUUUGUUCGGGGUCCUCCUCCUUUCCUGCGUGUGAGGGGAGCACCCUGUUGCAAUAGAAUCAAUAAAGAUCAGGCUUACUAGCUGCUUUGCUUCUCGAUAUUCUCUGGUUGGCCUCUGUUAUUGUGAUGGCCUGGGAAUCCGAUUCAGAUGCUGAACCGGAGGAACCCCAGCCUGCACAGGAGUCCCCGCCUCCAGGGCCGGCUGAGCUGGGGCGGGGCCUUGGAUCUGAAGCGCCUGCACCUGUGCCGGAUCCUCAGGAGCAGGUACCAGGUGAUUCCACUCUAGCUCCGGAGGUGAUUGAGGACACAGUGCCUACAGGUGCGCCUCUCCCGGCCCUGCCAGAGGAAGGUGAGUCUCCCCCUGGGUCCAGUAACUCCCCAGCCUCUCCUGAGCUGCAGAGGCUCAGGGCAGAGAGGCGGAGGGAACUGGUUUCUCCCAGGAGGAGUGCUCGCCUUAAGGCCAGGAGAGGCGGGUCACCUGUGGGCCGGGACCGCCCCUGGCCUCAGAGAAGAUAAAGGCCAGUCAGCCCGGUCCCAGGUUGUGGAAGCAACGUCGUUGAAUACCUGCUCCUGCCCAGACCCAGACCUGACCUUCCAGUGAUCCUGUCCCCGCCCGGCUUCCUGCUUCGGACCUCGCCUCGCUCUUUGUGAACUGCUUCCAGACUAGUGACCCAGGACUGGACUUUGACUACGCCAACGGUAACCUUCCCCCCGGGACCAGCACAGUUAUUUUCUCCGACCGAUGGAGAACCUACAAAGGACUCCAUAAGGGCUCUUGUGUCCGCCAUAAGGGAAUAAGGAAGAUUUUUGUUUAUUACACCUUCCAGGUAAAAGCGAAAAGAAACUGACUCUCAGGUGCUAAGGGAAUGCUUAAAAAUGCUGAGCAGAGAUCUGCAGCGCCGUACCAGGUAGUCUCUGCCAGGAUGGCGUUUAAAAGAGAAUUUGGGUUGCCAGCAAUUAUAUAUGUACAGACCCUCCAAGUUUCCCUGUUUUCUUUUCUUUUUUUUAAAAUAUUAUUUAUUACUUUUCCAACAAUUUAAACACUACAAAAACAAUACAAUACAAUACAAAAACACUACAUAACACUAACACACUAAACUAACAAAACAAAACAAAAACAGUUAAACACAUCAAACAAUUUCAAUAUCUUAUCUUUCAUUCACUUAUUUCCACGACCUCCUCACACCUCCCUUUUUGUAUUCCACUUCUGUUACUUGUUUCAGCAAUUCCUUUCCAUCUUCCUCUGUUUUCUAUCCUAUAAUUAUCUUAACACAUUCUAACCUUAUUUUUCCCUUUAAUUCUCUAUUAAUUCUCUAUUAAUCUAUUUAUACUUAAUUCCUUAUAACAUUUCUACUAAAGCCAUAUAACUUCAUUCCAACAUUUUUUUAACAUUCAUUAAUUUUACAGUAUUUCUGUAAAUAGUCUUUAAACUUUUUCCAGUCUUCUUCCACCGACUUUUCUCCCUGGUCUCAGAUUCUGCCAGUCAUUUCCGCCAGUUCCAUAUAGUCCAUCAACUUCAUCUGCCAUUCUUCCCGGGUGGGUAAUUCUUGUGUCUUCCAAUACUUCGCGAUGAGUAUUCUUGAUGCUGUUGUUGCAUACAUAAAAAAAGUUCUAUCCUUCUUUGGCACCAAUUGGCCGACCAUGCCCAGGAGAAAGGCCUCUGGUUUCUUCAGGAAGGUAUAUUUGAAUACCUUUUUCAUUUCGUUAUAAAUCAUCUCCCAGAAUGUCUUAAUCCUUGGGCAUGUCCACCAAAGGUGAAAGAAUGUACCUUCAGUCUCAUUACAUUUCCAACAUUUAUUGUCGGGCAAAUGGUAAAUUUUUGCAAGCUUGACUGGUGUCAUGUACCACCUAUAAAUCAUUAAAUUUUCAUUAAUUUUUCUCUUAGGGCAUUACAUGCCGUGAAUUUCAUACCUGUGGUCCAUAACUGUUCCCAGUCGGCCAUCAUUAUGUUAUGUCCAACAUCUUGUGCCCAUUUAAUCAUAGCUGAUUUCACCAUUUCAUCCUGAGUGUUCCAUUUCAACAGCAAGUUAUACAUUCUUGACAAAUUCUUAAUUUUUGGAUCUAACAAUUCUGUUUCCAAUUUUGAUUUUUCCACCUGGAAACCAACUUUUUUGUCGAAAUUGUAUGCCUCCAUUAUUUGAUAAUAACGGAGCCAAUCUCACACUUUAUUUUUCAAUUUUUCAAAGCUCUGCAAUUUUAGUCUGUCUCCCUCUUGAUCCAGAAUUUCCCAAUAUUUCGGCCAUUUGGCCUCCAUAUUGAGUUUUUUCUGUGCCUUCACUUCCAUUGGUGACAACCAUCUUGGGGUUUUCUUUUCUAACAAAUCCUUAUAUCUUAUCCAAACAUUAAACAAUGCUUUUCUGACAAUAUGAUUUUUAAACACUUUAUGUGCUUUUACCUUAUCGUACCACAAAUAUGCAUGCCAGCCAAAUAAAUUAUUGAAACCUUCUAAAUCCAACACAUCAGUGUUUUCAAGAAGCAGCCAUUCUCUCAGCCAGCAAAAAGCAGCUGAUUCAUAAUAAAGUUUAAGGUCUGGCAGGGCAAAUCCACCUCUUUCUUUGGCAUCAGUUAAUAUCUUAAAUUUUAUUCGAGGCUUCUUGCCCUGCCAAACAAAUCUGGAAAUAUCUUUCUGCCACUUCUCGAAACAAUCCAUCUUAUCCAAAAUUUGCAAUGUUUGAAACAAAAACAACAUCCUUGGCAACACAUUCAUUUUUAUCACAGCAAUUCGGCCUAACAAUGAUAACUUCAAAUUUGUCCAUAUUUCUAAAUCCUUUUUCACUUCAAUCCAACAUUUUUCAUAAUUUUCCUUAAAUAAAUUCACAUUUUUGGCAGUCAUGUUAACCCCUAAAUAUUUCACUUUCUUAACCAAUGUUAGUCCUGUCUCCUCCUGAAACUUCUCUCUCUCAUUCACAGUUAAGUUUUUCUCUAAAACCUUCGUUUUCAUCUUGUUCAACUUAAAACCUGCUACCUGUCCAUAUUCUUGAAUCAGUUCCAAUACCCUUUUAGUACUAGAUUCUGGCUCCUGUAGAGUCAAUACUAAGUCAUCAGCAAAUGCUUUCAAUUUGUACUGUUUAGCUCCCACUUGUAUAACUUUAACGUCUUGGUCCUCAAUCUUAAACUCUUCUGUCACAACAUUGUUCACAAUUAAUUUUGCCUUUUGUUCUGAAUAAAUUGCACCUAUACCAUUUUCAAAACCUUGACCUACCCCCAUUCCCUGUAGAUUCUUCUUCAUAAAACUCCAAGAAAUAUUGUCAAAGGCUUUCUCUGCAUCCACAAAUAUCAAAACUGCCUUAGUAUUAAUAUUCACUUGUAGUUUUUCUAGAAUAUUAAUUAUAUUUCUCAUGUUGUCAGACAAAUGUCUGCCCGGGAGGAAGCCCGCUUGGUCUUUAUGAAUUUCUUCUACUAACACCUUUUUUAAUCUUUUAGCCAAAAUAUCUGCAAAAAUUUUGUAAUCCACAUUAAGCAGCGAUAUAGGGCAGUAGUUCUUGAGCUGUGUCUUUUCAGUCUCUGUUUUCGGUAUAAGUGUAAUGUAAGCUUCCUUCCACGACUCUGGUGCCUUUCUCCCUUCCAAUAUUUCAUUGCAGACUUCCUUCAAUGGUUGUAUUAACCAUUCUUUCAAAGAUCUGUAAUAUCUUGAAGUCAAACCAUCUGGUCCUGGAGAUUUACCUAAUUGCAUGUUCUGGAUGGCCCCUUCCACCUCCUGAUCCGUUAUUUUGUAAUUCAACAUUAGCUGUUUUUCCUGAGAGAUUUUGUGUAGUCCAUUUAUUUUCAAAAAUCGAUCAAUGUCCAUUUCUUUCUGCUUCUCCUGUGUAUAAAGUUGUUUGAAAUACCUCUGAAAACACUUCCUGAUCUCCACUGGGUUCUGUAUAUUCUUUCCUUCCACUUCCAAAUCCGUAAUAGUAUUGAGUUUUUGUCUCUUUUUCAUUUGCCAGGCCAACAAUUUUCCACACUUAUUUGCCGAUUCAAAUGUCUUUUGCCUCAUCUGUUUAAUCUUCCAUUCUAUUUCCUGAUUCAUCAGCUUCAUAUAUCAUACUUGGUAUAACUUUAUCUCUUUCAGAAUCUCGUGUGACUUUGGUUUUGCUCUCAGUUUCUUCUCUCCUUCCUUUAUUUUCCCCAGGAUUUUAUCCUUUUUUUCAUUCUGAGUUCUCUUCUUAAUUGCAUUCUGUUGUAUUAGGAAUCCUCUCAUAACCGCUUUGCUUGGCGUCCUCCAAAUUACUCUUUUUUCCACUGUAGUAUUCAUGUUUAUCUCAAAAUAGUCUCUUAGAGUUUUUUUGGGCCUUCUUGGUCACCUCUUCAUUCCUGAACAAAGUAUCGUUCAUCCUCCAUCUAAAGGAACCAAUUGGCGUCAAUUUCAUUUCCAUCUUCACAGCAUUAUGGUCAGAACAAGUUUUGGGGCAAAUCUCCACUUUGCUGAUCUUCAGAGCCAAUCCCCUGGUUACCCAGAUUUGGUCAAUUCUUGUCCAUGUCAUUUUAGCCUCAGAGAAGAAAGUUCCCUCUCUUCCCAGAGGGUUCUUCAUUCUCCAAAUGUCAACUAAGUCCAUAUUUUCAGUCAUGUCAAAAAAGGUUUUUGGUAGUCUACCAUCUUUGGUGACUACCUGUCUCUGUGCCUUGUCCAUAUUUGUAGACACCACUCCAUUCAUAUCUCCCAUCAAGAUCAUAUUAUAGUCCAUGUAAUCCAUCAGAGUCUCAUGUAGCUUCUUAAAGAACUCCGAUUUACCUUCAUUUGGUGCAUAAAUACCUACAAUCAGGAAUUUCUCUCCUUGUGAUUGAAUUUCAAUUGCAACAAAUCUUCCUUGGUCAUCUUUGAAUAUGAAUUUCGGUGAUAGGCUCUCCUUUGCAUAAAGGACCACUCCUCUUUUUUUAACUUUAUCUGAUGAGAUAAAUUCUUGGCCCAAUCUUUUAUUACUCAAUAUCUUCCUGUGUAGCCUUAUCACAUGUGUUUCUUGUAAACAAAUCAAGUCCAAAUGUUCUUUUUUCAAUAAAUGAAAGACUCUCCGCCUUUUUUCUGGGGAAUUUAAUCCAUUCACAUUCCAGCUCGAAACCUGCAAUGCCAUCAUGUAAUUACACUGAUAUUCCUCCAACUGCACCCAAUGCUUGCUCCUCUUCUGUUGGUGGUAGUGGUGACACGUUCACUGGGAGAUCCAAUCCAAAGGAUAAUGCUGAUAUAUCCAAUAUUUCCCUGUUUGGUGAUCUUCUAUCCGAUGCUUUUUGCUCUUGUCCUCUAUCUGAUGAUCUUCUAUCCGAUGCUCCUGGCUCUUUUCCAAGUCCCUUCUGCAGAUCUUCUUCGUAUUUAUGCAAAAACUUUACUUUAUCUUCUACUGAUCUUAUUUUUAUUUUCCUUCCUUUAAAACUGAAGGAUAGACCUUGGGGGAAUUCCCACCUAAAGAUGAUUUUGUUCCUUCUCAGCAGGGCAACAAUAUCUCCGUAGUUAGGCCUAAAAUCCAAAAGAUAUUUCGGAACGUCUUUAAAAAUUUCCACUCUUGACUGUUGUACUUCUAGGUUCUUCUGGUAGUGCCAACCCAAGAUUCUAUCUCUCUCUUCUUUAGUUCGAAGGGUGAUCAAGCAGUCUCUUAUUCUAUUCUUCUCUUUUUUCCCUCCUCUUCCAAGUCUGAAGGCCCUCACAAUUCUAAACUCUUCUUGACCCAAGUCCAAGUCCCAAAAGUCCGCAAAUUCCUGUGUGAGAAAAUCUGUCAAACUUUCCUUCUCCAAUCCAGGUAGGGCUCUGAUCCUCAAAUUCGUCUGUUUUUCUUUAAGUUCAAUCAUAACAAGCGUCAACUUAUGUUCAUCAAGUUGCCUCUGUAGGGCUGGGACUCUCUCUCUCUCCAGUUGUGUUACUUUACAUUCAGCAGCAACGGCUUUCUCCCUGGCUUCCUCCGCAGUCUGCCGUAUCAAAGUAGAUUCCUAUAUCAAUUUCUGAAUAGUUUCUGUAUUGGUAUUCACCUUUUGUCCCAGAUUAUUUAUACUUUCAGUUACAGCAUUCACUUUCGCAUUUGUCGCAUCUGUUUUCUUAUUAAGCUGUUCCAGUGAAUCAUUUAUCUUAUUUAAUGCAACCGCUAAGGCCUCUUCUGUCGACAUUCCUCUUGGUUUCUAAUGUACUGGUACAGAAGCAGCAGCAGAAGAAGCAGGGGGGCCUGAUGUUGAGCCUCUCCUGGGUUGGUGCCAAGUCCUCCCAGACCUUAAUGUUUUUUCAGCAGUUGACUGGUCUGUUUUAUCCUUCCCAUUUGCCAUAACACUUGAAAGAUUCAAAGUCAGUCCCAGAGUCUCACAGUUUUUUAUCUUGCAGCUGGAAAUUCCCCCAACCCAGCUCUUAUAAAGCAACCAGUUUCAAAGGCUUCCACUAGGGGGAAACAGUUUCUAUUUAUAUUAGUCAGUAAUGUCCUCUUUUAGACACAGUUCAAACAAUCCAAAAUUAGUUUCAGUUUUUCAGUUACUUUUACUCCUUUUUAGAAGCAGCCGGAGACAUUAGAAACAAUGUAUUUCUCUUAUUUAGCUAGCUGUCAAUGAACGUUCUAAAUGCUGUCAAUGAACAUUCCAAAAGAUGUCAGUCCUGCUAGCAGCCCGUUUCCAGGUCAGAGCGGCGGUAUUUUAGCUCUCUUCGCUCUCUCCUGCAGGCAUACUCAGUCCACAACUUCCCCCCCUCUUCUCCUGCCUCCAAAGGGGGGUUUUGUUCUUUACCGAUGGAAAUUUAGUCUUUUACAAAGGGCUUUCCAAGACUUCAGCUUGCAGCCUCAUUGCUUCAGUCUAUUUACAAAAGGGGAAGGCGGACUUCCUGUAUUGAGCCUCCCCGUUACAAUACCAAAUUAAACGUUUAGAAAUCCAUCGGCAAUGGCGGAAUUCCUCUGACCGGGAGGAAUUUGCCCCGUGGAAAAUAGGGUCUGGCCGCUACGGCGAAGGCGGAGACCCGAAAAAAAUCACAGGCGGGAGAAGCCUGUGAACGUGGGAUUCGGAGGGCACCUUUUGCGCCUCCCCUACUCGCGGGGAAACCAGAUUUCGGGGUUCCGGAGCGACAUGGGGUGAGUGGCGCGGUGCUUCGAGUUGUCUGCUUUUUUCACGGCUUCCCUUUUUUUCCCCGCCUUCCCUUUCUGUAAAUAGACUGAGGCAAAAAGGCUGCAAGCUGAAGCCUUGGAAAGCCCUUUGUAAAAGACUAAAAUUUCAACGGUAAAGAACAUUUAAUCCCCCCUCGGGGGCAGGAGAAGAGGGGGGAAGUUGUGGACUGAGCAGACCUGCAGGAGAGAGUGAAGAGAGUCAGAAUACUGCCGCUCUGACCCUGGAAACGGGCUGCUUGCUGGAUUGACGUCUUUUGGAAUGUCCAUUGACAGCGUAUAGAAUGUUCACUGACAGCUAGCUAAGUAAGACAAAUACAUUGUUUCUACAUUGCUUCUACAGUCUCUGGUUGUUUCUAAAAAGGAACAAAUAGUAACAGAAAACUGAAACUAACUUUGGAUGUUUGAAUUGUGUUUAAAAGAGGACACUAUUUAUCAAAACAAGUAACAUAAAUUGAAACUGUUUCCCUCUAGUGAAAGUUUUUGAAACUGGUUGUUCUACAAGAGUUCUACAAGUGUGGAGCUAGGGGAAUUUCCAGCUGUAAGAUAAGAACUGUGUGACUCUGGGACUGACCUUGAAUUGUUUAAGUGUUAUGGCAAAUGGAAAGGAAAAAAUAGAUUUGCCAACUGCUGAAAAAACACUAAGGUCUGGGAGGAUUAGGCAGCAACCUAGGAGAAGUUCAAUACCAGAUCCCCUUCCUCCGGCUGCUGCUGUGUCUAUAUCAGCACAACCAAAAUCAAAAGGAAUGCUAUCAGAAGAGGUAAUAGCGGUUGCGUUAAGUAAGAUAAAUGAUGCAUUGGAACAGCUUAAUAAGAAAGUGGACGCUGGAAAUAAAAAAAUUGAUUUAAAUACGGAAAGCAUAAACAAUUUGGGACUAAAGGUGAAUACCAAUACAGAAACGAUUCAGAAAUUGAUACAGAAAUCCAAUUUGACACGGCAGACUGCGGAGGAAGCUAGGGAAAAGGCUGCAGCUGCUGAAUGCAAAGUAACACAAUUGGAGAGAGAGAGAGUCCCAGCCCUACAGAGGCAACAUGAUGAACAAAAGCUGACGCUUGCUAUGAUUGAACUUAAAGAAAAACAGACAAAUUGGAGGAUCAGAGGCCUACCUGAAUUUGAGAAGGAAAGUUUGAUAGAUUUUCUUACACAGGAAUUUGCUGAUUUUGGGGAACUGGACUUGGGACAAGAAGAGUUUAGAAUUGUGAGGGCCUUUAGACUUGGAAGAGGAGGGGAAAAAGAGAAGAAUAUAAUAAGAGACUGCUUGAUUACUUUUCGAACUAAAGAAGAGAGAGAUAAAAUCUUGGGUUGGCACUACCAGAAGAACCUAGAAGUACAACAGUCAAGAGUGGUAAUUUUUAAAGACGUCCCGAAAUAUCUUUUGGAUCUUAGGCCUGACUACGGAGAUAUUGUUGCCCUGCUGAGAAAAAAUAAAAUUAUCUUUAGGUGGGAAUUUCCCCAAGGCCUAUCUUUCAGUUUCAAAAGUAGGAAAAUAAAAAUAAGAUCAGUAGAGGACAAAGUGAAAUUUGUGUACAAGUACGAGGAAGAUUUGCAGAAGGGACUUGGAAAAGAGCCAAGAGCAUCGGACAGAAGAUCACCAAACAGGGGAACACUGGACAUAUCAACAUUGUCUUUUGGACUGGACUCCCCAGUGAAAGUGCUACCAUUACUACCAACAGAAGAAGAGCAAGCAUUGGGUGCAGUUGGAGGAACAUUAGCGUAACUACAUGAUGGCGUUGCAGGUUUUGAGCUGGAAUGUAAAUGGACUGAAUUCCCCUGAAAAGAGACGGAAAAUCUUUCUUUUUAAAAUAAAAAUAAAAAAAAAUAUUAUUAAAGUUUCAAAAAAUACAAAAAUACAGAAUACAAAAAGAAAAAGAAUAAAGUUUUUUUAAAAAAAAAUAUAACCAAAAAAAGUAAAAAAAAUAAAUAAAAAGAAACAUACCAAAUAAACAGUUAAAAAGACAUUAAUUUUCCAUAACCUAUCUUCCCUAUACUUAUUUCCCCGGACCUCCUCAUACCUCCCUUUUUUGUAUUCCAGUUCAAUUUGUUAGUUCAGCAAAUCCUUACCAUUAAAAUUACCCAGUUGCAAACCUUUUUCAUAUCUCUUAAAGUAUUACAGCUAAAAACCUCUUAGUUUCUAUCCAACAUCCUUCUAAAAUUCCUUAAUUUUACAAUAUUUCUGUAAAUAGUCUUUAAAUUUCUUCCAGUCUUCUUUCACCGACUCUUCUCUCUGGUCUCGGAUUCUGCCAGUCAUUUCCGCCAGUUCCAUGUAGUCAAUCACCUUCAUCUGCCAUUCUUCCAGAGUGGGUAGAUCUUGUGUCUUCCAAUACUUUGCGAUGAGUAUUCUUGCUGCUGUUGUAGCAUACAUAAAAAAGGUUCUAUCCUUCUUUGGCACCAAUUGGCCGACAAUGCCCAGAAGAAAGGCCUCUGGUUUCUUCAGAAAGGUAUAUUUAAAUACCUUUUUCAGUUCAUUAUAUAUCAUUUCCCAGAAAGCCUUGAUCUUUGGGCACGUCCACCAAAGGUGAAAGAAUGUACCUUCAGUUUCUUUACAUUUCCAACAUUUGUUAUCAGGCAAAUGUUAGAUUUUUGCAAGCUUGACUGGGGUCAUGUACCACCUGUAUGUCAUUUUCAUAAUAUUCUCUCUUAGGGCAUUACAUGCCGUAAACUUCAUACCUGUGGUCCAUAACUGUUCCCAGUCAGCAAACAUAAUAUUAUGUCCAACAUCUUGUGCCCAUUUAAUCAUAGCAGAUUUCACCGUUUCAUCCUGAGUAUUCCAUUUCAACAGCAAGUUAUACAUUCUUGACAGAUUCUUAGUUUUGGGUUCUAGCAGUUCUGUCUCUAAUUUUGACUUUUCCACCUGGAAGCCUAUUUUCUUAUCCAAAUUAUAUGCCUCCAUUAUCUGAUAGUAAUGAAGCCAAUCUCUCACUUUGUUUUUUAGUUUUUCGAAAGUCUGCAAUCUCAAUUUAUCUCCUUCUUGUUCCAAAAUUUCCCAAUAUGUCGGCCAUUUGGCCUCCAUAUUGAGCCUUUUCAGAGCUUUUGCUUCCAUUGGUGACAGCCACCUUGGGGUUUUAUUUUCCAAUAAAUCUUUAUAUCUUAUCCAAACAUUAAACAAUGCUUUCCUGACAAUAUGGUUUUUAAAUGCUUUGUGUGCUUUGACCUUAUCAUACCAUAAGUAUGCAUGCCAUCCAAAUAAAUUGUUAAAACCUUCUAAAUCCAAAAUGUCUGUGUUUUCAAGAAGUAGCCAUUCUUUCAGCCAGCAAAAAGCUGCUGAUUCAUAGUAAAGUUUAAAGUCUGGCAGGGCAAAUCCACCUCUUUCCUUGGCAUCAGUUAAUAUCUUAAAUUUUAUUCUGGGCUUCUUGCCCUGCCAGACAAAUCUAGAAAUAUAUCUCUGCCACUUCUUGAAACAGUCCAUCUUAUCCACAAUUUGUAGUGUCUGAAACAAAAACAACAUUCUAGGCAAUACAUUCAUCUUUAUCGCAGCAAUACGGCCCAGCAGUGAAAGUUUCAAAUUUGACCAGAUUUCUAAAUCUUUUUUCACUUCAGUCCAACAUUUUUCAUAAUUAUCUUUAAAUAAGUUCCCAUUUUUAGCUGUCAUAUUAAUCCCCAGGUAUUUCACUUUCUUUACCACAGUCAAUCCUGUCUCAUUCUGAAACCUCUCUCUUUCAAUCGGUGUUAAAUUUUUCUCUAAAACCUAAGUUUUUAGCUUGUUCAAUUUAAAGCCUGCCACCUGACCAAAUUCUUGAAUUAAUUCUAAAACUCUUUUAGUGCUAGAUUCUGGCUCCUGUAACGUCAAUACUAAGUCAUCUGCAAAUGCUCUCAGUUUGUACUGUUUAGCUCCGACCUGUAUACCUUUAACCAACCGGUCCUUUCUAAUCAUGUUUAGCAGAACCUCCAGGACCGAUAUAAAAAGCAAUGGGGAAAUUGGGCACCCCUGUCGUGUCCCUUUUUCUAUCUUAAAUUCUUCCGUGACCACAUUAUUUACAAUUAAUUUGGCCUUUUGUUCAGAAUAUAUUGCACCUAUACCGUUUUCAAAACCUUGGCCUACCCCCAUCCCCUGUAGGUUCUUCUUCAUAAAACUCCAAGAGAUAUUAUCAAAGCUUUCUCCGCGUCCACAAAUAUCAAAACUGCUUUAGUAUUUAUGUUCACUUCUAGUUUUUCCAAAAUAUCAAUUAUAUUCCUCAAAUUAUCGGACAAGUGUCUUCCCGGAGAAAGCCCACUUGGUCUUUAUGAAUCUCUUCCAUCAACACUUUUUUCAAUCUCUUGGCCAAAAUGUCUGCAAAAAUUUUGUAAUCCACAUUAAGUAACGAUAUAGGGCGGUAGUUCUUAAGCUGGGUAUUUUCAGUCUCUGUUUUCGGUAUAAGUGUAAUAUACGCCUCUUUCCACGACUCUGGCGCCCUUUUCCCUUCCAAUAUUUCAUUGCAGACUUCCUUCAAAGGUUUCAAUAACCACUCUUUCAGAGAUCUAUAGUAUCUGGAAGUCAGCCCAUCCGGUCCUGGAGAUUUGCCCAGUUGCAUGUUUUGUAUGGCACCUUCUACUUCCUGUUCAGAUAUUUUAUAGUUCAGCAUUAAUUUACUUUCUUGAAAGAUUUUUUUGUAGGCCAUUUGUCUUCAAAAAUCGGUCUAUGUCCAUUUCCUUCUGUGGCCCUUGUGUGUAUAAUUGUUUAAAGUACCUCUGGAAGCAAUUUCUUAUCUCAAUUGGGUUAUGUAUACUCUUUCCUUCCACUUCUAAAUUUGUAAUGGUAUUUAAUUUUUGUCUUUUUUUCAUUUGCCAGGCCAACAAUUUCCCACAUUUGUUAGCUGAUUCAAAGUGUUUUUGUCUCAUUUGUUUGAUUUUCCAUUCUAUUUCCUGAUUCAUCAUUUCCAUAUAUUGUACUUGAUAUAAUUUUAUUUCUCUCAAAAUCUCCUGGGACUUUGGUUUUGCUCUCAAUUUCUUCUCGCCUUCUUUUAUUUUCUCCAAAAUUUUGUCUUUCUUUUCAUUUUGACUUCUCUUCUUUAUUGCAUUCUGUUGUAUCAAAAACCCUCUCAUGACAGCUUUGCUUGCGUCCCAGAUUACUCUUUUUCUACAUUGGUGUUCAUGUUUAUUUCAAAGUAGUCUCUCAAAGUUUUUUGGGCCUUUUUAUAGACUUCUUCAUCUCUAAAUAAGGUGUCAUUCAUCCUCCAUCUAAAGGAUCCGGUUGUUAUUUGUUUCAUCUCCAUCCUUACAGCGUUGUGGUCGGAGCAGGUUUUUGGGCAGAUUUCUACUUUCUUUAUCUUUGGUGCCAUUCCUCUAGUUAUCCAUAUUUGGUCAAUUCUAGUCCAUGUCAUCUUGGCUUCAGAAAAGAAGGUUCCCUCUCUUCCCAGGGGGUUCUUUACCCUCCAAAUGUCCACUAAGUCCAUAUUGUCUGUCAUCUCAAAGAAUGUUUUCGGUAAUCUACCAUCCUUGGUAACUACCUGUCUUUGUGCCUUGUCCAUAUUUGUAGAUACUACUCCAUUCAUGUCCCCCCAUCAAAAUCAAAUUGUAAUCCAAAUAAUCCAGUAAAGUCUCAUGCAACUUUUUAUAGAAUUCAGAUUUCCCCUCAUUCGGUGCAUAAAUUCCCACAAUCAAAAAUUUCUCUCCUUGUACCUGGAUUUCAACUGCCACAAAUCUUCCUUGGUCAUCUUUAAAGAUAAGUUUCGGUGAAAAUCUCUCCUUUACAUAAAUCACAACUCCUCUUUUUUUAACUUUGUCAGAUGAAACAAACUCCUGUCCCAAUCUUUUAUUAAUCAAUAACUUCCUAUGUGCCCUUGUUAUAUGUGUUUCUUGUAGACAAAUCAAGUCCAAUUGUUCUUUUUUUAAUAAAUGAAACACAUUUUUUCUCCUCCGAGGAGAAUUCAAACCGUUACAAUUCCAGCUUAAUAGUUGCAGAGCCAUGAUGGGGGCUACUUCACUUUACCUCCAACUGCUCCGAGCGUCAGUUCUUGUUCUGUGGGUAGUAUCACUUUUUCUGGACCGUGCAGUCCAAAGGAUAGAUUUGAUAUAUCUAAUAUACCUUUUGGUUCUUCUUCAGAUUCCCCUUCUUUCAGUAGGUCUUCCUCGUGGUCUUUCAAGAACCUGUCUUUUUCCUCAACUGAUUUUAUUUUUAUCUUUCUUCCUUUGUGUUUGAAGGACAGGCCUUGAGGGAAUUCCCACCUGAAAAGAAUUCUAUUUCUUUUCAACAAAGUCACUAGGUCUCCGUAAUUGGACCUUAAGUCCAACAGAUGCUUUGGGAUGUCCUUAAAGAUCACCAAACUUGAGUCGUCAAUUUCCAAGGUUUUUUGAUAGUGCAGAUUCAGAAUUUCAUCUCUCUCUUCUUUUGUUCGAAAGGUAAUCAAACAGUCUCUCACCUUGUCCUUACCUUGUCUUCUUCCGAGCCUAAAUGCAUUCACUAUCUUAAAUUCUUCCUUCCCCAGGUCCAGUUGCCAAAAAUCUGUAAAUUCCUGUGUAAGAAAGUCAGCCAAGUUAUCUUUCUCCCGUUCUGGAACAGCCCUGAUUCUUAAAUUUCUUUGUCUAUCUUUCAGUUCAAUCAUAGAAAAUGUCACAUCAUGGUCCUCCAAUUUCUUAUAUACUGGUGGAAUUUUCUCUUGAGUAACAGUUGCAAUAUCUUUUGCUUCCUCUGCUGUCUUUCGAAUCGAGGCAGAUUCCUGUAGUAGUUUUUCAAUGGUCUCUGUGUUGGCAUUCACCUUCUGCCCCAAGGUAUUAAUACUUGCAGUGUUUAAAUCAAUUUUGUUUGAUGCUUCCACAACUUGUCUAUUUGUCUCAGCUACUUGUCUAUUUGUCUCAGCUACUUGUCUAUUUGUCUCAGUUACCUGUUUACUUAAGCUUUCCAAAGAUUCAUUAAUUUUUGCCAGUGCCUGUGCCAAAACUUCUUCCGACGACAUAACUUUUGGUUUAGCCUGUGGGAGUGCGGCCCCUGAUGCUCCAGAUGCUCCAGAUGUUGAGCCCCUUCGCGGCAGCGCAGUGUCUAUCCGAUAAUGUCUGCCAGACCUAGUAGUUUUUUCCUGCGGUUCUGCCUUCUCUAACUUCCCUUUAUCAUCUGCCAUAACAGUCUCAUAGAAAUUCAAGGUCAGUCAAACAGUCAAACAGUUGUUUUGGAAUAAAAUGGAAUUUUCCUCUAAACCAACUGUUGUUGUAACUGUUGUUGUAACAGUGUCCAACUUCCUCUAGGGGGACACAGUAACAGCCAGAACUUGCAACUUUUAAAAACAAAGAUAGUCUUUAUAAGUCCCCCAAUUUACUUUAAAAAACCACAGUCUCAAUGCACUUAAACAGUUACUUUCAAGCCAAAAGAAGUCCAGAAACACUGUAACCCUUUUGCAGAAUUGGCUGUCAGAAAUAGACUUUCCACUAUGCAACCCUUAUCUCAAGGCAGUCCGUUCCAAGUCUUAAACAGUAAAUUUUUCCUUCCUUUCCCCUUCUUUAUUGCAGGGAAAUUCAGCUCAGUCUUUUUCCCCCCUCCUCUCCUGCAAUCCGGAGGGGGAACCACUUUCAAGAUGUUAGGAUUUAGCUCUUUUUCAAGUAACUUUCUGUGUUUCCGCUUUAGAGUCUCUUUGCUUUGAUCUAUUUACAAUACAAGGAAGGCAGACUUCCUGGUUGUACCUUCCCCGCUCCGUGCCAAAUUAACUUUUUUCUUUUAGAUCCAAUUUGAUCCUACUCACGGGUAGUUGUUUUCAAAGUCCGAUUAUCCCAGGAAAAAGGCAGCGCUCUCCGGUAACAGCUUCGCGGCUUCACUCCACGGAAGAAGCAAUUUGCUCACAGCACCACACCACCCCCGCUCUGCUCCGGAGCCCGUUGCCGAGCUCCUUUAGCAAUUGGGGGAGCGCAAACGGUGCCCGCUGAGUCCCACGGUCACAGGCUUCACCCGCCUGUGAUUUUUUUUGGGGGUCCCCGCUGCGCCGUAGCGGCAGGACCCAGAUUCCGUAGAGCCAGUUCUCUCCGAAUUAGAGAGAAGCAGCCAUUACCGAUGGCGCCACCCCGGAAGUCCGGAAAAUCUUUCUUUUGUUGAAAAAAAGAACAUUUGGACUUAAUUUGUUUACAAGAAACACAUGUGAUAAGGCUACACAGGAAAAUAUUGAGCAAUAAAAGACUGGGCCAAGAAUGAACACUACAGUGGAAAAAAGAGUAAUUUGGGAUGCAAGCAAAGCGGUUAUGAGAGGAUUCCUAAUACAACAGAAUGCAAUUAAGAAGAGAACUCAGAAUGAAAAAAAGGAUAAAAUCCUGGGAAAGAUAGGGGAAGGAGAGAAGAAACUGAGAGCAAAACUAAAGUCACAGGAGUUUUUGAAAGAGAUAAAGUUAUACCAGGUACAAUAUGCGAAACUGAUGAAUCAGGAAAUAGAAUGGAAGAUAAAACAGAUGAGGCAAAAGACAUUUGAAUCGGCAAAUAAGUGUGGAAAAUUGUUGGCCUGGCAAAUGAAAAAAAGACAAAAACUCAAUACUAUCACGAAUUUGGAAGUGGAAGGAAAAAAUAUACAGAACCCAGUGGAAAUUAGGAAGUGUUUCCAGAGGUAUUUCAAACAACUCUAUACACAGGAGAAGCAGAAAGAAAUAGACAUUGAUCGAUUCUUGAAAAUAAAUGGACUACACAAAAUCUCACAGGAAAAACAACUAAUGUUGAACUACAAAAUAACGGACCAAGAGGUGGAAGGGGCUAUCCAGAACAUGCAAUUAGGUAAAUCUCCAGGACCAGAUGGUUUGACUUCAAGAUAUUACAGAUCUUUGAAAGAUUGGUUAAUACAACCAUUGAAGGAAGUCUGUAAUGAAAUAUUGGAAGGAGGGAAGGCACCAGAGUCGUGGAAGGAAGCUUACAUUACACUUAUACCGAAAACAGAGACUGAAAAGACAAAGCUCAAAAACUACCACCCCAUAUCGCUUCUAAAUGUGGAUUAUAAAAAAUUUGCAGACAUUUUGGCCAAAAGAUUAAAAAAGGUGUUAGUAGAAGAAAUUCAUAAAGAUCAAGCGGGCUUUCUCCCGGGCAGACAUUUGUCUGACAAUAUGAGGAAUAUAAUUAAUAUUUUAGAAAAACUUCAAGUGAAUAUUAAUACUAAGGCUGUCUUGAUAUUUGUGGACGUGGAGAAAGCCUUUGACAACAUUUCUUGGAGCUUUAUGAAGAAGAAUCUACAGGGGAUGGGGGGUAGGCCAAGGUUUUGAAAAUGGUGUAGGUGCAAUUUAUUCAGAACAAAAGGCAAAAUUAAUUGUGAACAAUGUUGUGACAGAAGAGUUCAAGAUUGAGAAAGGGACACGACAAGGUUGCCCAAUUUCUCCACUGCUUUUUAUAUGGGUCCUUGAGGUUUUGUUAAACAUGAUAAGAAAGGACCAAGAGAUCAAAGGUAUACAAGUGGGAGUUAAACAGUAUAAAUUGAAAGCAUUUGCUGAUGAUCUAGUAUUGACCCUACAGGAACCAGAAUCUAGCACAAAAAGGGUAUUGGAACUGAUUCAAGAAUUUGGACAGGUAGCAGGUUUUAAGCUGAACAAGAUGAAAACGAAGGUUUUAGAGAAAAAUUUACUAACUGUAAAUGAGAGAGAGAAAUUUCAGGAAGAGACAGGACUAACAUUGGUUAAGAAAGUGAAAUAUUUAGGGGUUAAUAUGACGGCUAAAAAUGUAAAUUUAUUUAAGGAUAAUUAUGAAAAAUGUUGGAUUGAAGUGAAAAAAGACUUAGAAAUAUGGUCAAAUUUGAAGUUAUCAUUGUUAGGCCGAAUUGCUGUGAUAAAAAUGAAUGUGCUGCCAAGGAUGUUGUUCUUGUUUCAAACAUUACAAAUUUUGGAUAAGAUGGAUUGUUUCAAGAAGUGGCAGAAAGAUAUUUCCAGAUUUGUUUGGCAGGGCAAGAAGCCUCGAAUAAAAUUUAAGAUAUUAACUGAUGCUAAAGAAAGAGGUGGAUUUGCCCUGCCAGACCUAAAACUCUAUUAUGAAUCAGCUGCUUUUUGUUGGCUGAGAGAAUGGCUGCUACUUGAAAACACUGAUGUGUUGGACCUAGAAGGUUUUAAUAAUGUAUUUGGUUGGCAUGCAUAUUUGUGGUACGAUAAGGUAAAAGCACAUAAAGUGUUUAAAAAUCAUAUUGUCAGAAAAGCAUUGUUUAAUGUAUGGAUAAGAUAUAAAGAUUUGUUAGAAAAGAAAACCCCAAGAUGGUUGUCACCAAUGGAAGCGAAGGCACAGAAAAAACUCAAUAUGGAGGCCAAAUGGCCGAAAUAUUGGGAAAUUCUGGAACAAGAGGGAGACAGAUUAAAAUUGCAGAGCUUUGAAAAAUUGAAAAAUAAAGUGCGAGAUUGGCUCCAUUAUUAUCAAAUAAUGGAGGCAUAUAAUUUGGACAAAAAAGUUGGUUUCCAGGUGGAAAAAUCAAAAUUGGAAACAGAAUUGUUAGAUCCAAAAAUCAAGAAUUUGUCAAAAAUGUAUAACUUGCUGUUGAAAUGGAACACUCAGGAUGAAACUGUGAAAUCAGCUAUGAUUAAAUGGGCACAAGAUGUUGGACAUAAUAUAAUGAUGGCUGACUGGGAACAGUUAUGGACCACAGGUAUGAAAUUUACGGCAUGUAAUGCCCUAAGAGAAAACUUAAUGAAAAUGAUUUAUAGGUGGUACAUGACACCAGUCAAGCUUGCAAAAAUUUAUCAUAUGCCUGACAAUAAAUGUUGGAAAUGUAAUGAGACUGAAGGUACAUUCUUUCACCUUUGGUGGACGUGCCCAAGGAUUAAGACAUUCUGGGAGAUGAUUUAUAAUGAAAUGAAAAAGGUAUUUAAAUAUACCUUCUUGUAGAAACCAGAGGCCUUUCUCCUAGGCAUGGUCGGCCAAAUGGUGCCAAAGAAGGAUAGAACCUUUUUUAUGUACGCAACAACAGCAGCAAGAAUACUCAUCGUGAAGUAUUGGAAGACACAAGAUUUGCCCACCCGGGAAGAAUGGCAGAUGAAGUUGAUGGACUACAUGGAACUGGCGGAAAUGACUGGCAGAAUCUGAGACCAGGGAGAGGAGUUGGUGGAAGAAGACUGGAAAAAGUUUAAAGAUUAUCUACAGAAAUAUUGUAAAAUUAAUGAAUGUUAGAAAAAUGUUGAAAUGAAGUUAUAUGGCUUUAGUAGAAAUAUUAUAAGGAAUUAAGUACAAAUAGGUUAAUAGAGUAUUAAAGGAAAAAAAUAAGGUUAGAAUGAGUUAAGAUAAUUAUAGGAUUGAAAACAGAGGAGGAUGGAAAGGAAUUGCUGAAAUAAUUAACAAAAGUGGAAUAUAAAAAGGGAGGUGUGAGGAGGUCGUGGAAAUAAGUGAAUGAAAGAUGGGAUAAUGAAAUUGGUUGAUUUAUUUUAUUGUCUUAAUCUUGUUUUGUUAAUUCGAUGUGUUGUAUUGUAUUGUUUUUCUUUUUUUUUUUAGUGUUUUUGGAAAAAUAAUAAAUAUUAUUUUUUAAAAAAAAUAGAAAUCCAAUUCACCCGCUUCAGCUCUACUCACGGGUAAUUACUUUAAAGUCAAAUUGUCCACAGGAAAAAGUCAGCGCUCUCCGGCAACAGCUAUGCGGCUUCGCUCCGUGGAAGAAGCAGACGAUUCGAAGCACCGCGCCGCUCACCCCACAUUGCUCCGGACCCCCAAAACCGGGUUUCCCCGCGAGUAGGGGAGGCGCAAAGGGUGCCCGCCGAAUCCCACGCUCACAGACUUCUUCCGCCUGUGAUUUUUUGCAGGUCUCCGCCUUCGCCGUGGCGGCCAGACCCAGAUUCCCACGGGGCAAAUUCCUCCCGAUCAGAGGAAUUCCGCCAUUACCGGAGGCACCAACCCAGAAGUUCUCAAGUGUCCCUAUUUUCCAGGGACAGUCCCAGAUUUACAGAAGCUGUCCCACUUUCUGAUUUGUUCCUAGAAUGUACUGCUAUUAUUAUUAUUAUUAUGGAAUAGGAUGUCCCUAUUUUAUUUUAAUUGGAGAAAUGUUGGAGGGUAUGUACGUACACAUAUCCGUGUUGAGAUUGUACGUGCAUGUCUCUGUGUGUGCACAAAUAUUAUGAUAUACUGUUGUAAACAAAAAAAUUGCCCUUUUCCCUUAUGGGGUAUCCAAGACCCAUAUAGAGUCCUUACAUAGGUUCCCUAUUGGUAGGAGAGAAUAACAGAGGCCAACCAGAGAAUAUUGAGAAGCAAAGCAGCUAGUAAGCUUGAUCUUUAUUGAUCUGUUGCAACAGGGUGCUUCCCCUCAAGACCACCCCCAGAAACAUCAUACGUACAUCACAGAAGGCGGUCUAAACAGAAAUUUAAAUGUUGUUUAUCUGUUGUCCUUGUUUAUCUCCUGUCUAGCAGGUUACUUGAUUGGAUUUCCUGGGUAACCUGGCUAGUCUUUUGUAAUGAUAAAUACUUAGUUCCUGGCCAGGUCACAGGCUCACACCUUAUUCAAACACAGACAUACCCUUAAGACAGGAUUUGUGAGGAAAGAGACAAUGGGGAGGCUUUUCCAAUUUGACCUUGCAGAGAAAAGAUUUGGUCAGUUUAGGAAUCAAAAUGGCUCCAGGUAGACCUUCCUGUGCUGAUCUAUGUAUGUGCUUGGUUGGUACACUUAUGAACAUUACCAUAGCUCUAAGACCAUAAAAUUCCUAUUACAAUACAAUAGUAUAUAAUAUUCCUGGGUCCAGUAAGUGCUAGAAUUUAAGCAAGUCUCCUGAAUCCCUGGAUCCAGGAAAAGUUAAAACAUAAGACAGGCCAGUUUCCUGAUGAGGUAAUGGCCUGGAAGAUGAGCCAUCAAGGUUGUAUAUAGUGUAUGUGCAAAUUACCCAUAUAUCAGAAAGACAACACAGUGCCUCAUUUUCAGAAGACAUCACAGACCCUGUGUAAAACUCCAGGAAUCCCCACUCAGAGAUUGGGGCGGCAUGCAACAAUACAGUACAGUCGGGGACCAUUUUGCACUGUUAUAUAGAACCCCCCCCCAUUUGAUUUUUUUACAUAUUCUUGUGCUUGUGCUGAUUGAGCCUUUUCUUUCUUUCUUUCAUAUGCACACACCCCAACAAUUCUCCAGAGAAAGCUGCCCUCCUAUCUGAAAAGGCCACGCCUAUCUUGCCCGGUGUGUCCCUGCUCCCCCCCCUUGCCCCGUCCCAUUCCUUUUUACUCCUACAUCCGGGCUUUCUGGCCUCGAGACGAAUGUGCUGACGUCAGCUAUAUAAAGGCCCUCGGCGCCUUUCCUCCUCCUCAGUGCAUUGUUGCUGAUGAGCUAGCGUUUUGGAGGUAAGUUCGCGCGGGCGGGGGGGAGAGAGAAGCGCACGCGCGCACGCCUUUCGAAUCGCCUGCCCUUUACUAUCCACACCAAUUGUUUUACACCGGUGGCAGUGAGCGUGGGGAGAGAUUCGCCUUCUGCGAUCUGCCGCUUAUUCCUUUUUAAUUCCUCAUACGCACACGCCCUUCUCAACGCCCGUUCCUCUCAUUCAUACGGAGGCGCCAUUUUAAACCGUGAGGGAGGGGCGGGCGGGGGUCGGUUGCCGCCUUGGGCCAGCCCUGAGGGAAAAGUGAGCCGGAGGGGGGAGGAGAAGGGGGGCUGGGCUGGGCUGGCCUGGCAGGGAGGGAGGGAGGGUCGCCAAAGCCGCCAUUUUGCGAUCGCCUUCAGCCCCUCCUUUGUGGCCCCCUCCCCUUUCUCCGAAGUGCGCAUCACGCGCGAGGGCGCCGGGUGGGCGCUGGAAACCGCGACUGCGCAGGCGCGACUCGUUCUUUUCUUGCGUCUUAAUGGAAUGCGCUUUCACCCCCUCCCCUAUUCUUGGCGGUCUCAGCGUCGCGCAUGCGCGGCCGCAGGGUUACCUGAAUGUGGCCUUUUGUCAUUUUGGGUAUAUUCAGUUGCUUGCUUUUCUUUAAUUUCCGAGUUUCCCUCCCCCCUCUCUAUUGUAGCCAAGAAAGGCUCUGAGAGCGGCUUAUAAAAUCACUAUUAUAAAAGCAUAAAUCUUUAUUAUGGCAGGCGCUGUCCUUGGGCUUAAGAGUCUAAAAAUAAACUUUAAAAAGUAUAGGAUGGAGGAGGGGAAAGCAAACGCCUCAGGUUCAUGUUUAGGGGAAGGGCUGUAGCUCAGUGGUGGAGCAUCUGCUUGGCAGGCAGGAGGUUUCAGGUCCUGUCCCAGCAUCUCUAGGCAGGACUGGCAAAGACCCCUGAAACCCUGGAGAGCAGACAAUACUGAGCUGGAUGUACCAAUCGGCUUACUGUGUGUAAGUUCCUCAAGUUGUAGUUCAUAUAACAGAGUUAAGAGCAGUGACUCCUUGUCAUUUGGUGUGCUUAAGCACCAUAAAUUGAUUUAAGCUCUCCCUCCCUGCUACAAAUUUGGGUCAGCUUGCUACUUCAAAAUAUGUGUGGGUAGGAUUGGGCUGUUGAUGGACCUUGUUGAACACAGUUUUUUAAAUCCUGAAAGUUCCUCACUGAGCCUUUAGCCAAUAAUGUUGUGAUGGUGGAGUAUAGAAACAUUGCAAAGCAUACAACAUAGUGGUGAUCUAAUAUAUUCAGAAGUUGCUUGUUUAUAUUAUUGUUUAGUGAACUGUUCGGUAGAAUUCUGAAUGUAUUCCUUGUCUCAAUAAAAGGGCUAAGUAGUUUCCCCGCCUUCCUUUUAAUGGGGAAAAAAAUUCAGGUGGGGGGCCGACUUAAAUAUCCCUGUGGGAUAUUUCUGUGUAAAAUAGCAAAGAUAAUGCAAAUGGAUACAAAAAGAUGUAAGGAAGUAUAAGAUAACAUAGAAAGAACAAAGUAACAACUAUUAGUACAACAGAAAAAAGAAACUAAAUACAGUGGGGGUGAUGGGAAGUCUUAUGUAUAUGAAUAAUAAUGUAUGGGGAAAGGAAUUGUAUAAGUUUGAACAGAUUUUUAUUUGUAUAUUUGGACAUAACAUACAAAAUAAUGUUUUGCUAUUAAUCAAUUUCAGUAAAGUUCACAAAAAGCAAAAUAAAUAAACAUCCAUGUGGGAGACGGCAGGUAGUAAUUAAAGGGCCAUUGUUCUGUAUUUUGGGGCAAUGUGUUUGUAGUGUCAAUAUUUGUUCUCAAUUAGAUGCUUUUAAGCAAGGCCUUAGGGGCGCGGUGGGUUAAACCACAGAGCCUAGGACUUGCCGAUCAGAAGGUCGGCGGUUCGAAUCCCCACGACGGGGUGAGCUCCCGUUGCUCAGUCCCUGCUCCUGCCAACCUAGCAGUUCGAAAGCACGUCAAAGUGCAAGUAGAUAAAUAGGUACCGCUCCGGCGGGAAGGUAAACGGCGUUUCCGUGUGCUGCUGUGGUUCGCCAGAACUGGCUUAGUCAUGCUGGCCACAUGACCCAGAAGCUGUAUGCUGGCUCCCUCGGCCAAUAAAGCGAGAUGAGCGCGCAAUCCCAGAGUCAGCCACGACUGGACCUAAUGGUCAGGGGUCCCUUUACCUUUUUAAGCAACGCCUUGGUCACCACAAAAAGGAUGCUGCCAUUUCUGUUUAGCAACUAAGGGCAUGGACAAGCUGAUAAGGACCAUCAAGCCCUAAUCAGAUUUUUCAAUAUCUGCAUAUUGCUGUCUGAGGAUUUAUCCUGUUGUUUUGUCAAAUAUUUCCAAAGGACCCAAGCUUCUCCCAUUUCAAGUUGAAUGUGUGUUGUUCCAGAUCCCAAACUGUGUCAAAAUGGUUGAAGCAGAUCGUCCUGGCAAGCUGUUCAUUGGUGGGCUGAACACAGAGACUAAUGAGAAGGCUCUUGAAUCUGUCUUUGGCAAAUAUGGCCAUAUAGUAGAGGGUAAGCACACAGCCUUUUUAGGGCAUAAUAUUAAGUUAAAGGUCUGCUUUGAUGAAUUUUACAGCUUUGAUCAGUUGAAGUGAUAGAGCUUAUAUGUCCUCUAAGAAGUUCUGAGCAGGCUUGUGUACAACUUGGGAUACACCAUUCUAAGAUGAAAGUGGAAUAACACUUUUGUCUUUCUUCAGUUCUCCUUAUGAAAGACCGUGAAACCAACAAAUCAAGAGGGUUUGCUUUUGUUACCUUCGAGAGUCCAGCAGAUGCCAAGGAUGCUGCCAGAGAUAUGAAUGGAAAGGUAGGAACUAAUGUGUUAAUUGCAGAGUGUCAAGCUGAGGGUGAUUGGAUUGAUUGAUUGACAGAGUUGCUUUUAUUAAUGAGACAAGUUCAGUGAUGUGUUAUAAUGGAGUGAAUGCUUGGGUAAUAGCAUUUAGGGAUGCUAAGGGAAUUUGUUUAAGGAUGUUAAGGGUUAGCUUUAAGACAAAUAAAGCCUUAUGGCUUAUUUUCUUCAAGAAUGCUAGUAUGGGCAUUCUAUGGGCUACUCUUAAAUUAAGAAUGAAACUGGAUGUCUCAAGAACUGCCUGAAUAAUACAGCAUUGCUUCCUGAUUGUGAUGGCUCAAUCAAUUAUUUCUAGAAAAUACCUGUAGUGACUGUUACUUUUUAAUAACAUGCACUGUCGGCAUCUCCGCUCGACCAAGCUGAUAAAGCUCAUUUUCUUCCCCUGAGUCCUUCGGAAUCGCCUCCCGACGUGUUUAACGACCUGAGCCUUUAAUAAGGCUCCAAGGCACGUUCCCACAUUAAGCAGAGUAUCAAAGCAGCAGAAGUGAUGAGAUUUAUGGCUACAUGCUAUGCUUUAUUUCUUACUACGCAGAAAGCAAAGAAAUAUACAUCCUCUCUCCAUGAAAGCAGAGAGCAACUGAAACAAAGGAACAAAGGAAACAGGAAACCACUAACGUCACAUUCGCCUCUAGUCUCCCGUGAGACUUCCAACAGUCUGGACUAUCUCUGGAAUGUAAACAGAGCCUUGUGACUCUAAGCAGCUGCUCAGUGGCAAAACAGAAACUAACAUCCUCCCCCUUUCUGUGAACACCACUGGGCAGCAUGUCAGUACAAUCUCAGUACAAACCCAAUUUCUGUACAUAGGUACAGCCUUGUGACUCUAAGCAGCUGCUCAGUGGCAAAACAGAAACUAAUAUGCACAUCAUGGCAAAACCUUUGCUUCUGAAAAUUGGUUUGAAUGCACUUGGAAACUAAAGAUCUAGAAGAAUUGUAUGUAAACAAAUAAGACUGACAUACUGAAAGCAUGUAGCCGUAGAAUAUGGGUGUUCAAUUUUUAAGUUCACCUUGGUUGGUUAAAUCCUAGAGUGGUUUACAAAGUGGGGUUAAAGCAAUAUAUUCAUUUUUAAAAUUAUGUUUUUUAUCUGCAUAAUACAAAACCAAACGUAUUUGCUAGAAACCAUAGCAGGGAUAAGAACUGAGGCGCACUGUCCUACAAAAAGAAGCAUUUGCAAUUAAUGUUAAGUUAGAUUCCUUUGUUCAGUCUUUAGACGGAAGAUCAAUUAAAGUUGAACAAGCUACCAAGCCAUCCUUUGAAACCGGUAGACGUGGGCCCCCUCCCCCUCCAAGGAGCAGAGGUCCUCCAAGAGGUUUUAGAGGUGGAAGAGGUGGAAGUGGAACACGGGGUCCCCCUUCAAGAGGGAGUUAUUUGGGUAUGUGUGUUUUCCCAUGUGUAAUUGGGCAGCAUACAAGACACUGCAUAGAGAAUGCUGGUUUACAGCCUACUCUCAAAAUCAAGAAACAAUUAGGACUGUGCAGUGUCUGGUUUUCAACAUUUUAUAUAUCAGCAGCUAAAUAUUGUAUUAUACUGCUACAUUCCAAACAUCAUGAUAUAUCUUAGCUGCCACUUCUCUCCACCUUAGGGGAGGAAUAAACAGCCUAGAUGCAUAUACCCUGCAGUUAAGUAAGGCCCCAUAUUGCCUUAAACUUCUUGGCUGAGGGGCAAGAAGCCCCUAAAAAUAUCUGAAACAGAUACUGCGAUCUGAAUGCCAUACUGGUUUCAGACAAUUUACCAAUAUAUCACCCAGCUCUAGACACAAUACAAAUGAUGAAUUUCUGGUGGUUAUCUUACCCCUUUUGGAAGUUUGGGAAAAGAUUGUCGUCCUGCUAUUUCACAGGAUGAAUGCUGUUCUUGUGUUUGAUGUACUCAAGUAUAGAGAUGAAGCUAAGCAAACUUGUAGGCUUGCUUAAAACAUUGAGGUGUAUUUUGGAAAUUGGGCCAGGGAUUAAUCUCAUGUUAAGCAAAUUGGCAAUUUGCCUUAACUGAAAUUUUGCAAGUUUAGGCAGAAGUUGUUUAAUCGGUGUCAGUAACAUUUAAAAACAAGUAUUGCAAUCCCUAUAAUAACAAACACAGCAGCAAAUAAAUAAACAACAAAUUCAUGAAAACCGAACGGUAAAAUCAUAGUUAUUCAAAUUAUCGGAAAGAGCUGCUGAGAAUCAGUUCUGUUCCAAAUCUGGGAAGGGACAGUGUAGAAUAUUCUGUGUGUAUCAUGGGUACUGCCACAGUGGUACAUUGUGCUAGUGAGGCAGAACUGUCUGAGGAAUCUUGUUUCUGCUAUCUAGCUGGCACAUUGCUGAUCUUUUAGGUUCUUCUAGAGGCCCUCUACCGCUGAAAAGGGGUCCACCCCCACGUAGCGGUGGCCCACCACCUAAAAGACCUGCUCCUUCUGGACCUGUUCGUAGCAGUAGUGGAAUGGGAGGCAGAGGUAAUUUUUUUAAUCACUUUGAUGCCAAACCGCAUGUAAAUGUAAUAAAGUAUUUUUUUAUUGUCCAUUGCAUGGAUCCACAAAUCUGUGGUGGUUGGAGAAAGGCUUUUACAACUGUGCUGAGUUUUACUGGCACUCAGAAAUAGCAAGUUAGUUGUGCUGCUUCCAGGACCCUCCAGCAGUGCUAUGUUGGGAGCAAGUCCCCGCUAGUGUCUCUGUGUUAGGGCAGAUACCCCUUGCUGGAUUAAGAGGUAUGAAUUGACACUCCUUAGUUAUGCUGGAUGACUUCAGUUUUCAGCAUAUCUCCACAUGUGAGUCCUAUGCAACACGUUGGAAAAGGAUUCUUGAGUUGUAGAAUAUGGGCUAAAUACUCACUAGUCAGCCCUUGUUGAUGUAUGCUUAGUUUGACUAGGCCUCUGUUUGGAAGAACUGAAAGCAACCUUUCUUUCAGUAUAAUGUAGGACUUUGCUAUCUCUUCAUCUUGCUGAUAGAGGUUGUAUUGAACUUAAACCACCACAGAAAAGUUUGAUUCAGUAUGGUGUGGUCUUAGCUCAUGGUGGGAACAACUUUCUCUACUAAUACCUUGUUUUCAGAAGGCUUUAUUUCAAAAAUAUUUCAUUUUCUGCUUGAUUACUUAAGCACCCCUCUCACGUGGUAGAGACGGUUAUGGAGGACCGCCACGCAGAGAACCACUGCCAUCACGAAGAGAUGUCUACCUGUCUCCAAGAGAUGAUGGUUACAGUACUAAAGACAGGUAAAACCAAACCCUGUUGGAUAUUUUUCAGAUCAAGGAACUUAAUUAUUGAACCUACUGCAUUUUGAUUGCAGAAGCAGUGAUUUAAUGGAAAGGGUGUCUGGGACAUUUUUUGGACUGGGCGUGUCCCAUCUGUCAGGACAGUCAGACAAUUGAUUUGUUCUGGCAAAUCAAUGAGAUAAUGAGGCUUCCGGUGUUUACUGUUUAUGAACAAUUUGUUAUCUGCAUAAAGGAAGAAUGAGGAAAAUCAAAGUGGCUGGAUAUUUUCUUUCUUUUAAUUGAAUUUGUACUUCAUUCUAGUCAUUUAAAUUGUAGCAAUUAAUUGUAGAAUUGGUUGUAUUUCUUAUUUAAAGCUAAAUGCUAAUCAGAGAAGUUAACUCAGGUUUCUGCAUCCCAAGUUUAAGAUGCUAGUGGCUACACCACCUUUUGAAGUUCAGUAUUCUGUGACCUUUUUUUUUUUAAAAAAAAAUCAUUUUAUAACACAAGUAAACAACACAAACAGAAAAAAAACCAAUACAAACAUUUUUUUUAAAAUGAUAUUUAUUAAGGUUUCAAAAAAAAGAUUACAUAGAUAAGAAAAAAAGAAAGAAAUAAAGAAAAAAUACAAAAUACAGAAAAAAGAUAAAAAACACUUAAAAACAAAUCCAUCCUUCCAUACCUUACAUUUCAUUUCCUUGCUUCCUUGACCUCCUCACACCUCCCUUUUUUGUAUUCCAGUUCAAUUAGUUAAUUCAGCAAUUCCUUUCCCUCUUUGUUUAUGUCUUAAUCCUUUAACUUAAUAAAUUAUAACUUUGGAUUCUCACCUGUUAACAAUCCAUUUUUACAUACACCUUUAUAACAUUGCUGCUAAAACCACUUAACUUCAUUCUGACAUCAUUCUAACAUUCAUUACUUUUGCAAUAUUUCUGUAAAUAGUCUUUAAAUUUCUUCCAAUCUUCUUCCACCAACUCUUCUCCCUGGUCUCGGAUUCUGCCAGUCAUUUCCGCCAGUUCCAUAUAGUCCAUCACCUUCAUCUGCCAUUCUUCCAGAGUGGGUAAAUCUUGUGUCUUCCAAUACUUUGCAAUAAGUAUUCUUGCUGCUGUUGUGGCAUACAUAAAGUAAGUUCUGUCCUUCUUUGGCACCAAUUGGCCGACCAUGCCCAGGAGAAAGGCCUCUGGUUUCUUCAGAAAGGUAUAUUUAUAUACCUUUUUCAUUUCGUUAUAAAUCAUCUCCCAGAAAGCCUUAAUCCUUGGGCACGUCCACCAAAGGUGAAAGAAUGUACCUUCAGUUUCUUUACAUUUCCAACAUUUAUUAUCGGGCAAGUGAUAGAUUUUUGCAAGCUUGACUGGUGUCAUGUACCACCUGUAUAUCAUUUUCAUAAUAUUCUCUCUUAAGGCAUUACAUGCUGUAAACUUCAUACCUGUGGUCCAUAACUGUUCCCAGUCAGCCAUCAUUAUGUUAUGUCCAACAUUUUGUGCCCAUUUAAUCAUAGCAGAUUUCACCGUUUCAUCCUGAGUAUUCCAUUUCAACAGCAAGUUAUACAUCUUUGACAAAAUCUUAGUUUUGGGUUCUAACAGUUCUGUUUCUAAUUUUGAUUUUUCCACCUGGAAGCCAAUUUUCUUGUCCAAAUUGUAUGCCUCCAUUAUCUGAUAAUAAUGAAGCCAAUCUCGCACUUUGUUUUUUAGUUUCUCAAAACUCUGCAGUUUCAAUCUAUCUCCCCUUGUUCCAGAAUUUCCCAAUAUUUCGGCCAUUUGGCCUCCAUAUUGAGCUUUUUCUGAGCUUUCGCUUCCAUCGGUGACAGCCACCUUGGGGUUUUAUUUUCCAAUAGAUCCUUAUAUCUUAUCCAGACAUUAAACAAUGCUUUCCUGACAAUAUGAUUUUUAAAUGCUUUAUGUGCUUUGACCUUAUCAUACCACAAAUAUGCAUGCCAUCCAAAUACAUUAUUAAAACCUUCUAAGUCCAAAAUGUCUGUGUUUUCAAGAAGCAGCCAUUCUUUCAGCCAGCAAAAAGCUGCUGAUUCAUAGUAAAGUCUAAGGUCUGGCAGGGCCAAUCCACCUCUUUCCUUUGCAUCCGUUAGUAUUUUAAAUUUUAUUCUAGGCUUCUUGCCCUGCCAGACAAAUCUAGAGAUAUCUCCCUGCCACUUCUUGAAGCAGUCCAUUUUGUCCAAAAUUUGCAAUGUUUGAAACAGAAACAACAUUCUAGGCAAAACAUUCGUUUUUAUCGCAGCAAUACGGCCUAGCAGUGAAAGCUUCAAAUUUGACCAAAUUUCUAAAUCUUUUUUCACUUCAGUCCAGCAUUUUUCAUAAUUGUCUUUAAAUAGAUUCCCGUUUUUAGCUGUCAUGUUAAUCCCCAGGUAUUUCACUUUCUUAACCACUGUUAAACCUGUCUCAUUCUGAAACCUCUCUCUUUCAAUCGCUGUUAAAUUUUUCUCUAAAACCUUAGUUUUUAACUUAUUCAGUUUAAAUCCUCCAACCCGACCAAAUUCUUGAAUCAGUUCCAAAACCCUUUUAGUACUAGAUUCUGGCUCCUGUAAUGUCAAUACUAAGUCAUCUGCAAAUGCUCUCAAUUUGUACUGUUUAGCUCCGACUUGUAUACCUUUAACCAAUUGGUCCCUUCUAAUCAUAUUCAACAGGACCUCCAGGACCGAUAUAAAAAGCAGUGGGGAGAUUGGGCAACCUUGUUGUGUCCCUUUUUCUAUCUUAAAUUCUUCCGUCACCACGUUAUUUACAAUUAAUUUGGCCUUUUGUUCUGAAUAAAUUGCACUUACACCGUUUCCAAAACCUUGGCCUACCCCCAUCCCCUGUAGGUUCUUCUUCAUGAAACUCCAAGAAAUGUUGUCAAAAGCUUUCUCCGCAUCCACAAAUAUCAAAACUGCCUUAGUAUUUAUAUUCACUUGUAAUUUUUCUAAAAUAUUGAUUAUGUUUCUCACAUUAUCAGACAAAUGUCUACCCGGAGAAAGCCUGCUUGAUCUUUAUGUAUCUCUUCCACUAGCACUUUUUUUAGUCUUUUAGCCAAAAUGUCUGCAAAGAUUUUAUAAUCCACAUUGAGCAGUGAUAUGGGGCGGUAGUUCUUAAGCUGCGUCUUUUCAAUCUCUGUUUUCGGUACAAGUGUACUAUACGCUUCUUUCCACGACUCUGGUGCCCUUUUCCCAUCCAUUAUUUCGUUGCAGACUUCCUUUAAAGGUUGUACUAACCAUUCUUUUAAAGAUCUGUAGUAUCUAGAAGUCAGUCCAUCCGGUCCUGGAGAUUUACCUAAUUGCAUAUUCUGAAUGGCACCUUCUACCUCCUGUUCAGUUAUUUUAUAGUUCAACAUUAAUUUAUUUUCUUGAGAGAUUUUUUGUAAUCCAUUUGUUUUCAAAAAUCGGUCUACCUCAAUUUCUUUCUGUGGCUCUUGUGUAUAUAGUUGUUUAAAAUACCUCUGGAAACAGUUUCUAAUCUCAGCUGGGUUCUGUAUGUUCCUUCCUUCCAGUUCUAAAUUUGUAACAGUAUUUAGUUUUUGUCUUUUUUUCAUUUGCCAAGCCAACAAUUUCCCACAUUUAUUAGCCGACUCGAAUGUCUUUUGUCUCAUUUGUUUGAUUUUCCAUUCUAUCUCCUGAUUCAUCAUUUUCAUGUAUUGUACUUGGUAUAACUUUAUUUCUCUCAAAAUCUCUUGCGACUUUGGUUUUGCUCUCAAUUUCUUUUCACUUUCCUUUAUUUUCUCCAAUAUUUUAUCCUUCUUCUCAUUUUGGAUUCUCUUCUUUAAACAUUCUUGUCUUAUCCUUAUUUUUUCUAAACAUUGUUAGGUGGGCUUCCCCAAGUCCCCCCAUCUGAUUUUCAUUUUAACUCAUCUUUAGCAGUUUACAUAUAUCAUAAUUUCUAACUAUUUUUUUUUAUCAUCACACUUACUUUAACCAUAAAAAUCUUCACAUUUCAUUUACAAAUAAUACUAUUUUAAAAUACACUAGCUUCUAUUUCUAACCCUACAGCCUAUAUCCACUUCCAAAGCUAUUCUAAGAUUUAAAUAUUAACAUAUUUUUUCAAAUAUUCCUUAAACAUUUUCCAAUCUUCUUCCACUGUCUCCUCUCUCUGGUCUCGGAGUCUCCCAGUCAGUUUGGCAAGUUCCAUAUAGUCCAUCAUCUUCAUCUGCCAUUCUUCUAUAGUUGGUAAAUCUUGUUUCUUCCAAUUCUUCGCUAGCAACAUUCUCACAGCUGUUGUGGCAUACAGAAAAAAAGUAACAUCCUUUUUGGGGAUUUCACCCCCCACUAUGCCAAGUAAAAGGCUUCUGGUUUCUUAAUAAAUGUGUUUUUCAACACUUUUUUCAGUUCAUUGUAAAUCCUUUCCCAGAAGUCUUUUACCUCGGGGCACGUCCACCACAUGUGGUAAAAGGUUCUUUCUUUUUCUUUACAUUUCCAGCAUUUAUUAUCAUGAGUAUGAUACAUUUUUGCUAACUUCACUGGUGUUAAAUACAAUCUGUACUUCAUUUUCAUCAAAUUUUCUCUUAAUACGUUACAAGCUGUAAAUUUGAUUCCCUUUUUCCACAAUUUCUCCCAAUCCACCAUCAUGAUACUGUGCCCCACAUCCCUGGCCCAUUCAGUCAUUACAGAUUUCACUUGUUCCUCUUUUCGUAUGCCAUUCCAGCAAUAAAUUAUAUAUCUUAGAUAGGUUUUUUGUUUUUGUAUCUAGUAAUUCCGUUUCCAGAUUGGAUUUCUCUGUUUGAAAACCGAUUUUCUUAUCCAUUUUAAACACUUCAUUUAUCUGGAUGUACUGGAACCAAUCAUCUACUUUAUCUUUCAACUGAUCAUAAGAUUUUAAUCUAAAUUGGUCACCUACUUCCAUCAAAAUAUUAUACUUCAACCACGUGUCUUUCAUAUUCAACCUUUUAUGGGUCUUAGCUUCCAAUGGUGAUAUCCACCUGGGUGUUUUCCUUUCUAAACAAAUCCUUAUAUCUCAUCCAAACAUUGUACAAAGAUUUUCUAACUCUAUGAUUUUUAAAUCCUUUGUGAGCUUUUAUCUUGUCGUACCAUAAAUAUGCAUGCCAACCAAAUACAUUAUCAAAACCUUCCAAAUCUAAAACAUCUGUAUCUUCCAAUAAAAACCAUUAUUUCAGCCAGCAAAAGGCUGCAGCUUCUAAGUAAAUCAUUAAAUCUGGCAGGGAGAAAUCCCCUCUCUCUUUCACAUCUGUUAAUAAUUUAAAUUUAAUUCUGGGUUUCCCCCCCUGCCAGAUAAAUUUAGAUAAUACCUUUUGCCAUUCCUUAAAACAAUUCAACUUAUCAAUGAUAGGAAGUACUUGAAACAAGAAUAACAACUUAGGCAAUACAUUCAUCUUUAUCCCAGAAAUUUGGCCCAACAAAGAUAGUUUCAACCUUGUCCAGAUAUACAAAUCCCUUUUGAUAUCUUUCCAUAACUUUUCAUAGUUGUCUUUGUACAAAUUCAGUUUUUUUGCAGUCAUAUUUACACCCAGAUAUUUCACCUUUUUCACAAACUUCAGCCCUGUGGUUUCCUCUAAAUUAAGUUUUUCAUGUAUUGUUAUUUUCCCCCCUAAAACGUUGGUUUUAUUCUUAUUCAAUUUGAAACCUGCAACUUGUCCGAACUCUUGAAUCAUCUUCAGUGCUUUAAUUGCACUGAUCUCAGGGUCCUUUUGAAGUUCAGUAUUCUGUGACUUGUCAGCCAAGUCUAAUUAGAUGUUACACUAUGUCUCCUCCACUUUGUGGUAGGGUGUCUGCUGCUGCAUUAGGACUCUGCUUGAGCGUAUGGCUGUGAGCUGUUAUGAGGAGCUCCUGCACUUCACUAUCGGAAAAAAUACUUUAGUUUUCAUUUCCAUAGCUAUUCAAGUCGGGACUAUCCAAGCUCCAGAGAAACAAGAGAUUAUGCCCCACCGCCAAAAGAUUAUGCCUACCGUGAUUAUGGUCACUUCAGUUCACGUGAUGAAUACCCCUCAAGAGGCUACAGGUAGCUAAUGUUUGAUUUUGUGUGUUGUUGAACAAAUCUCUCAUAUUCCAUUAACACGCUAGUCAAGCUCAUUGUUCAGUUGGCAAGUUCCAGAGACAAAAAAGAAUAUACUCCACCUCCAAGAGAUUAUGCCUACCGUGAUUAUGGUCAUUCCCGUUCACGUGAUGAGUAUCUCUCAAGAGGUUACAGGUACUUAACAUUCACUUUUGUGUAUUCUCAAACAAAUCUUUUAAUAUUUCAUUCAACAAGUUAGUCAAGCUUAUGUUUCAGUUUGCAGUGUGCUUCUUUGUACUUGAUUCAAACGAUAAGCACAAUAAUAUAACAAGUGUUUUGUGGCACCUUGAGCAGCUUCAUUAUGCCAGAAGGUUUGGUGGACUACAGUCCUUUUCAUCAGACACUUCUGAAGUCUUAUACCUACUUGCAACUAAGGAUAGUACUUCAUGUGUCAGGUGAAGUGGACUGUGGUGCAUGGAAGCUUAUGCCAUACUAAAUCUGUUUAUAUUUAAGGUGCUACAAGAACAUGUGUAUCCCUCUUAUGUUACAGAAGAGAAACCAAUGAACAAUUGUUGGCUUUCUUUAAGCAGUUCUAAAGCCACUAGCCAGCCAUGUGAAGGUGGAUAAUGUAGGUCUAUGGGAAGCUAUAUGUCAUUAUUUUCUAUAGCACCAUCUAUGUUUAUCAGGGAUGGGGCAGACUUCAGGCUUUUGGAAUAUACUUUAUUUGGAACUAAAACCUAGGAAUCUAGUAACAGGAGUCUAGUGUAAAUGAUGUACUUGGAAUUAAAGAAUUUUGAGCCCAGGAGUUCAACUGAACAGCGCUCAUGUUCUACGCACAGACCCUUUAAUGGUUGCCACAAGCUUUCUACAUUUUGCUGCUAUAAUUGGGAAUCACAAAUCUUUGCUGAUCUACUAAUAGAUCCAGAUCUAUCUUCUGACUACCACCCCUGAUAUUCAUGAUGCUCUGCAAAGAACAGCUUUGACUAGUUCUUACCCCAAGUGACUUAUGUAGACACAAAGGAAAUAGUGGGGGGGGGGGGGGUAAUUGAUGCAAGGAUAGAUAGAUCUUUGAUUAUUUUAGUUAUGUGUACUUAGACUGAGUCAGGCAGGGUAUUGGGACUAAAGGGUGGGUCAUCUCAAAACGAACUGGAUGGGAGACUGCUUGGGAACCAAAUCUAAGAUUCUUUUGAGGAAGAACAGGGUAUAAGUGAAAGGUCUACCUUACUCUGUGCAAAAGUCACUGUGACCCUUCCCCUCUGCAGGGAGGUGGGACCAAUUCGGAUGGUCUGCCCCUGCGACUUAAUGGAUCCAAAUGGUUUCCAAAGAGUGCUAGGGGAUGUUUUAUCCCAUGUUGGUGGUCUUUCAGCUGAUUCCCUGGUGGCCCACUGGAAUGUGGAGUUAACCAGGGCUAUUGACUGUUUGGCUCCGAAGCAUGCUUUCCGAUUGCAUGGAGCCCGGACAGCCCCAUGCUUUUCAACGGAUCUGAGGGCAAUGAAACAAUCACUGAGACAGCUAGAGCUCUGGUGGCGGAAAACUCAUUCUGAAGCUGACCGGACACGGGUUAGAGCUCAGUGUCGAGCCUACCAAGUGACGGGAGCAACAGCGGAGAAGACUUUCUUCACUGCCUCUAUUGCAUCUGUAGAAAACAUCAGCAGGAGACUUUUUCAGGUGGUUCACAAUUUAGCGUAACCACCUGCUCCAUCGGGGCCCAGUAUGGGCCACAUGAUCUCCUGCAAUGAUUUUGCAAAGUUUUUUGCAGAUAAAGUCGCUCAGAUUCGGGAAGAGGUAGACUCCACAGUGGGAGCAGGGCCAGGGCGGGAGAGUGCUAGAGUCCUGUCUAGUCAAGUUGUGUGGGAUCAAUUCCAAUCUGUUACCUCCGAGGAUGUGGACAGGCUGCUUGGACGAGUGAAACCAACCACCUGUCUCCUUGAUCCUUGCCCAUCCUGGCUUAUAAAAGCUAGCUGGGUGAUGGGCUUUGCGGGGUGGUGAAUGCUUCUCUCUGUGAGGGAGCCUUCCCAGACCCGCUGAAAGAGGCAGUUAUCAAACCGCUUCUUAAAAAAACAUCUUUAGAUGCUGUCAACAUGGCCAACUAUCGCCCAGUCUCAAAUCUUCUAUUCUUGGGCAAGGUAUUGAGAGAGUGGUUGCUGAACAACUCCAGGCACGCCUGGAAGAAGCGGACCAUUUGGAUCCCUUGCAGUCGGGAUUCAGGCCUCACUAUGGGACUGAAACUGCCUUGGUUGCACUGGUUGAUGAUCUCCGGUGGGCUAGGGACAAAGGUGAGAGCUGUUUCCUAGUUCUGCUGGAUCUCUCAGCGGCUUUUGACACGAUCGACCAGAACAUCCUUCUGGACCGUCUAGAGGAGCUGGGGGCACUGUUAUACAGUGGUACCGCUCCUUUCUCAUGGGCCAUGUUCAGAAAGUGGUGGUGGGGAAUGAGUGUCCAGACCCCUGGGCUCUCACUUGUGGGGUGCCUCAGCGUUUCGUCCUCUCCCCCAUGCUUUUUAACAUCUACAUGAAGCCGCUGGCAGAGAGCAUCAGGGCUUUUGGGCUGGGUGUUCAUCAAUAUGCAGAUGAAACCCAGCUCAACCUCUCUUUCAAAUCAGAACCAGUGAAUGCGGUGAAGGUCCUGUGUGAGUGCCUGGAGGUGGUUGGAGGAUGGAUGGUGGCUAAUGGAUUGAGGUUGAAUCUUGAAAAGACAGAAGUACUGUUUUGGGGGGACAGGGGGGCGGGCUGGUGUGGAGGACUCCCUGGUCCUGAAUGGGGUAACUGUGCCCCUGAAGGACCAGGUGCGCAGCCUGGGAGUUAGUUUGGAUUCACAGCUGUCCAUGGAGGCGCAGGUUAAUUCUGUGUCUAGGGCAGCUGGUACACAGGCUGAGACCCUACCUGCCUGCAGACUGUCUCGCCAGAGUGGUGUAUGCUCUAGUUAUCUCUCGCUUGGACUACUGCAAUGCACUCUAUGUGGGGCUACCUUUGAAGGUGACCCGGAAACUACAACGAAUCCAGAAUGCGGCAGCUAGGCUGGUGACUGGGAGCAGCUGCCGAGACCAUAUAAAGACCUACACUGGCUCCCAGUACGUUUCCGAGCACAAUUCAAAGUGUUGGUGCUGACCUUUAAAGCCCUAAAUGGCUCCAGUCCAGUAUACCUGAAGGAGCAUCUCCACCUCAAUCUUUCUGCCCAGACACAGAGAUCCAGCGCUGAGGGCCUUCUGGCGGUUCCCUCAUUGCGAUAAGUAAGGUUACAGGGAACCAGGCAGAGGGCCUUCUUGGUAGUGGCACCCGCCCUGUGGAACGCCCUCCCACCAGAUGUCAAAGAGAAAAACAACUACUCAACAUUUAGAAGACACCUGAAGGCAGCCUGUUUAGGAAAGCUUUUAAUGUUUAAUAGGUUAUUGUAUUUUAGUGUUCUGUUGGAAGCCGCCCAGAGUGGCUGGGGAAACCCAGCCAGAUGGGCGGGGUAUAAAUAAUAAAUUAUUAUUAUUAUUAUUAUUAUUAUUAUUAUUAUUAUUAUUAUAGCAAUGGCCUGUACUAAACCCCAGCAGUUACUCUUCUUACAGUAAUCGUGAUGGCUGUGGAGGGCGUGACCGGGACUACUCUGAUCACCCAAGUGGGGGCUCAUACAGAAAUUCCUAUGAGAGUUAUGGUAAGUGCUUAUUUUGAAGGUCUUCAGGAACUCAAUAGGCCUCACUCUUGACUUAAUAGACUGCAUCUACUUAAGUGGGGAAUUGGCAUUCUGGGCUUGUCCACUGCAGUGAAAAUACACCGUUACUUCAUUUUAAACAAAAUGAUUGAAUUACAUUUCCCAUAAACUAACGAAGCAAAAGUUCAACUGUUCUGAAUUGCAUCUAUCACUGGAGAAAAAAAAUGGUGGAAUUUCUGUUGUAAAAAUAGCAAGCUGUUCUGGAAUAAUCCCAAAAAGAGCUGCCUUGAGAAAUAUCGUCUUCGAACAGUCUUUAUUUCAUUCACUAUCCGAUACUCCCCUGCCAAAUGUAUAUUAAAACUUUCAGUUAAUACAAGAGAGUAACAGACACCAUUGAUACAAAUUCUUUUAAACUUAGAUGUAAAGUUGUGGUGAUAUGAUUUAUAGUGUUGUCCUAUUACCUGACCAUUGAACCUGCAGGUAACUCACGUAGUGCUCCACCUGCACGAGGGCCCCCUCCAUCUUAUGGUGGAAGCAGUCGCUAUGACGAUUAUGGGAACACCCGAGAUGGGUAUGGUGGAAGUCGAGAAAGUUACUCAAGCAGCAGAAGUGAUGUCUACUCAAGUGGCCGGGAUCGUGUGGGAAGACAAGACAGAGGCCUCACCCCUUCUAUGGAAAGGGGUUAUGCUCCUCCACGUGAUUCUUACAGCAGCUCCAGCCGCGGAGCACCCAGAGGUGGCGGCCGUGGAGGGAGCCGCUCUGAUAGAGGUGGAGGCCGAAGCAGAUACUGA